AUCGUCAAAACUAUGCAAAUGACGCCGGACGUGCAGGCAGCUAGGGACAGACUCCAAAAUGGCGAACCGCAACAAGGACGUAGAAGAGGAGAUUUACGACAAGGUCGUGGACCUGACAGAGUACGCCAAACGUCAGCGAUGGUGGAACCGCCUGUUCGGAAAAAACUCCGGCCCUGUAGCAGAGAAAUACUCCGUGGCCACACAGAUAGCCAUAGGCGGUGUGAGUGGAUGGUGUGCAGGAUACCUCUUCCAGAAGGUUGGAAAAGUUGCUGCUACAGCUGUAGGGGGAGGUCUUCUGCUAUUACAGAUAGCUAACAAUAGUGGCUAUAUCCAAGUGGACUGGAAGAGAGUAGAGAAGGAUGUCAACAAAGCUAAGAAGCAGUUAAAGAAGGGCACCAAUCAAGCAGCCCCGGAGCUAAACACAUUGUUUGAGAAGUCCACAGAGUUUGUGAAGAAAAACAUUGUUGUCACAGGUGGUUUCGUUGGAGGAUUCCUGCUUGGCCUGGCAUCUUAGGGCCUGCCAAAUAAGAAGCAUCUGUGUUUCUUUGAUGUCAUGACUAACUGUAGGGGAAAAAGUAUAAAUCAUUGCUGGAUGGUUUUUAAGUGAUUUGACAGCAAGCAACCUAUUUCAGAUUAGCUUGGAGCUAUAUGUUUCUACAAAAGCUGCACAUCAUUUUGUCUAAUACUGUACCUCCAUGUCCAUGUCUCCUCAAGUCAGUAUGGAUGAGGAACGUCUUGGUUAGACCUGAAUGACCAUAGUAAAGUACUUCACUUUCCAGGCCAAAUAAUGAUACAUAUCAUGCUAAAUUAUUUUAAAAAUGUAAAUGUUAUUGGAAUGUUGCAUUUUAUUUAUUUAUUUUUACCAAACUGACAUUGUAUCAGAGGGAAUAGUAUGCACUGUUAUUGUGCAUAAUGAAGCCAAGCACUGUGCAAGUAAUUUUAACUUCACCUUACAUGGCAGAUGGUACCCAUAGGAAUCUAUCAAUGCCAGUGUUUUAUUUCUCAAUACCACACUUCAUAAUCAAUCAUUGUCAGGGUUAAAACUUGAAUUUCAUUCUUAAGUGCUGAUAGAUUCGGGAUUGUUGCCUUUUUGAAGGUGUUACCAUGUUUGAUGGGUUAUGUUAGCCUCCCCUGCAUCUCUUUUUGUAAUGUAUUUUGUUUAGCCAUAAGUUCAUGCUUUAGGUUCUGAAGGCUGUGGUUUGUCACUAUGUAUGUUUGAACAAAUUAAAAAAAAAAAGAAAAA